GAUCGUAUUCCUUCUUCUGCCGCAUUUUGCUAGGGUUUUCCGUAAGACCCCACUCUCUCUUUCACACACACACACACACACACACACACACUCUCUUACACAAAAUCGCUCUUCUUUUUCAUGGAUUCUAUUUAUUAAUUUCUGAAUUACUCCAAUAAUAAGCUAAAGCUUUGAGCUUUAGAUACAUAUCUAUAUCUUUAUCUGAUUCAUAUAGAGAACAGAGAGAAAAUGGCUACUGUUAAUCCAUUUGAUCUUCUGGGUGAUGAUGACACCGGGGACGUGAGUCAAUUAAUUGCGGCUCAUCAGCAGAAGCCACCGGUUUCGGCUCCAACUUCAGCCGCAGAAAAGAAGGCUCCGGCUCAAUCCCAGCCAGCUAAGCCCGCCGCAAAGCUUCCCUCGAAGCCUCUCCCUCCUGCACAGGCUGUGAGGGAGGUCGGUAAUGGAGGUCCACGUGGAGGAGGUCGUGGUGCUGGCCGUGGACGUGGAUUUAAUCGUGAGUCUAUGGAUGAAAAUACAUUUGGAAACAACAAUGGAUAUUCUGGCAGGCACAGAGUUUCUGAAGAAGGAGAUGAUGGCAAGCCCUCUGAAAGACGUUCAUAUGGUGGACCACGUGGAGGUGGGGGUUUCCGUGGUGGUCGUCGUGGUGGCUUCAGCAAUGGAGACACUGCGGAAGGUGAACGCCCUCGGAGAGCAUUUGAGCGACGUAGUGGGACUGGACGUGGGAAUGAAUUUAAACGUGAGGGUGCUGGUCGAGGAAAUUGGGGAACGCCUACUGAAGAUAUUGUUCCGGAAGCUGAAGAACCUGUUAAUGAAGGAGAGAAGAAUGUUGAUACUGAGAAGCAGCUGGAACAAGAAGAUGUUGGAGAUGCCAACAAGGAUACUUCUGUGCCUGAACAAGAAGAAAAGGAGGAGCCUGAGGAAAAGGAAAUGACACUGGAGGAGUAUGAAAAAUUAAGAGAAGAUAAGAGAAAGGCCUUGCCGGCAAAUAAAUCCGAGGAAAGGAAGGUUGACUUGGACAAAGAGUUUGAAUCCAUGCAACUUCUGUCCAACAAGAAGAAUGACGAUGAAGUCUUCAUAAAAUUGGGUUCUGAAAAGGAUAAACGUAAAGAGGCGGCUGAGAAGGCCAAAAAGUCUGUGAACAUUAAUGAGUUUCUGAAGCCUGCUGAUGGGGAGAACUACUACCGACCUGGCGGCCGUGGUAGGGGACGUGGUCGUGGUAGGGGUGGAUACACUGGAAACAGUAUGAACAAUGCGCAAGCCCCAUCUAUUGAAGAUGCUGGGCAUUUCCCUUCCUUGGGUGGGAAGUAAGGGAUCUCGACCUGCCUCCCGAUCUCUCUGUUUUUUGUGGUUUUCCGAUCUUUAGUUGCUCGGAGGUGGCCUGUGUGUAUAUUUAGAUGUAUUCCAGGAGCUUAUACCUUGGUUCUUCGACGACUUUAAUGAAUUAACUUUGUCAUAUUUAGGGCAUUAGGAACCCUUUUUUCUUGAACUGCAUGGGAUCAGUUUAAUUUUGGAAUUUGAUUAAAACAGUUUUGUUCAAUUCUACUUCAUGGUCUUUCGACA